CGACUCGAGAGUCAGUUGAGCAUUGGACGUCCUCGUUAGCGGUUGCCUGUGUCUGCGGAGCGGCGAACAUAUGAAGUCGCUCAGGCACCACCAAUAGGAAAGAUUCUUCGUUAUGAAUUGAAGCAAGUCCGGGCAAAAACCAAGACAGCAACCCACCUAGAAGAUCUACCGUCACUCCGGAGCACAGUUCCGCAUCCCAGUGCCAUCUACCUGUAGCCAAUAAGCCCGUGCUCACCGGAUUCCCACCAACCAAAGCCGAAACAAUGAAGCGCAGCCGGUGGAGCCCCAGUGGCUCCUCAACGGCGCGCCUGCUGCUCGCCGGCGUUCUGAUCGCCAGCUGCACCUGGUCCACCCCUGUCCAAGGCGCCCAGCGGCCGCCCAUUAACUCUGCCGGAGGCCAUGAGCUGCGCGGCACUACCUUUAUGCCGGCCCUGGAAUGCUACGAUCCAUAUGGCAGACCGCAGAAAUGCUUGCCCGAGUUCAUUAAUGCUGCCUAUCAACUGCAAAUUCAGUCAACAAAUACUUGCGGUGAGCAGCAGGACAAUCACUUUUGCAUACAAACCAUGAAUCAAAAUCACAAAAACUGCGAGUUCUGCAAAUACCAGGAUCACAAUCCCUCGUUCCUGACGGACUUGCACGAUCCCCAGAAUCCCACCUGGUGGCAGUCGGAGACCAUGUUCGAGGGCAUUCAGCAUCCGAACUAUGUGAAUCUGACCAUUCACCUAAGAAAAUCCUACGAUAUCACAUAUGUGAGAAUACUGUUCCGCUCGCCACGUCCCGAGUCCUUUACUAUCUACAAGAGGACCACGGAAAAUGGACCCUGGAUCCCGUACCAGUUCUACAGUGCCACCUGUCGAGACACCUACUUCCUGCCCGACUCCCGGGCCAUUCGCAAGGGCGAGGGCGAGGCCCAUGCUCUGUGCACCAGCGAGUACAGUGAUAUCUCCCCGCUGAGAGACGGCGAGAUUGCCUUCUCCACGCUGGAGGGUCGCCCCAGUGGCAUCAACUUCGAGCACAGCCUGGAGCUGCAGGACUGGGUCACGGCCACCGAUAUUCGCAUUACCCUGGACCGCCUGAACACCUUCGGUGACGAACUCUUCGGCGAUGCCCAGGUGCUCAAGUCGUACUUCUAUGCCAUCUCCGACAUAGCCGUGGGAGCGCGCUGCAAGUGCAACGGUCAUGCGAGCAAGUGCGUCGCCAGCACGGGAAUGCAUGGGGAACGGACCCUCGUCUGCGAGUGCCGUCACAACACUGACGGACCCGACUGUGACCGCUGCCUGCCGCUCUACAACGACGUCAAAUGGAAGAGGGCCACCUCAACGGAAGUCAACGAGUGCAAAGCUUGCAACUGCAAUGGCCUGGCGGACAAGUGCUUCUUCGACGCCCAUCUCUUCAACCUGACGGGACACGGCGGUCACUGCCUGGACUGCCGGGAGAACCGAGAUGGACCCAACUGUGAGCGCUGCAAGGAGAACUUCUACAUGCGCGACGACGGAUACUGCAUCAACUGCGCCUGCGAUCCUGUGGGCUCUCGGUCGCUGCAAUGCAACAGCCACGGCAAGUGCCAGUGCAAGCCAGGCGUCACCGGCGACAAGUGUGAUCGCUGCGACAACAACUACUACCAGUUCGGACCCCAUGGAUGCCAACCCUGCGGCUGCGAUGGUCGCGGAUCCCAUGAGAACACGCCCGCCUGCGAUGCCGAGAGUGGCAUCUGCUACUGUAAGGAGAACGUGGAGGGCAGGCGCUGCAACGAAUGCAAACCUGGCUUCUUCAAUCUGGACAAAAUCAAUCGCUUUGGCUGCACACCCUGCUUCUGUUAUGGCCACACCUCCGAGUGCCAGACGGCACCCGGCUACUCCAUCGUCUCGGUCGCCUCCAACUUCAACAAGUUCAAGGAGCGCUGGACGGCCAUCGAUCUGAACCAGCGCGAGGUGGACAUCAAGUACAAUCAGUACAGUCGCAGCAUUGGCACCACGGCCCAGGGCAACGAGCACGUGUACUUCCAGGCGCCGGAUCGCUUCCUUGGGGAUCAGCGAGCUUCCUACAACCGAGAUCUGAAGUUCAAGCUACAGCUGGUGGGCCAAGUGGCCAGCACCAGUGCCAGCGAUGUGAUCUUAGAGGGCGCAGGCAGCCGCAUCUCGCUGCCGAUCUUUGCUCAAGGCAACGGUAUACCGGAUCAGGGUGUUAAGGAGUACACAUUCCGGCUGCACGAGCACCACGACUACCAGUGGCAGCCAAGCCAGUCUGCCCGCGGCUUCCUCUCAAUCCUGUCCAAUCUGACGGCCAUUAAGAUCCGGGCCACCUACUCGGUGCAGGGAGAGGCCAUUCUCGACGAUGUGGAGCUGCAGACGGCGCAUCGCGGCGCUGCCGGGCACCCGGCCACCUGGAUCGAGCAGUGCACCUGCCCGGAGGGCUACCUAGGCCAGUUCUGUGAGUCGUGUGCUCCCGGCUACAGGCACAGUCCCGCCCGCGGCGGUCCCUUCAUGCCCUGCAUCCCCUGCGACUGCCACGGCCAUGCGGACAUCUGUGACUCGGAGACGGGCCGCUGCAUCUGCCAGCACAACACCCAUGGCGACAACUGCGACCAGUGCGCCAAGGGCUUCUACGGCAACGCCUUGGGAGGCACUCCCAACGACUGCAAGCGGUGUCCUUGUCCCAACGAUGGCGCCUGCCUGCAGAUCAACGGCGAUACGGUCAUCUGCACGGAGUGCCCUGUGGGCUACUUUGGCUCCCGAUGCGAGCAGUGCAGCGACGGCUUCUUUGGGGAUCCCACCGGACUCCUAGGCUCCGUGCAGACCUGCACCAGCUGCGACUGCAACGGAAACGUGGAUCCCAAUGCUGUGGGCAACUGCAACCGGACGACGGGCGAGUGUCUCAAGUGCAUCCACAACACGGCCGGCGAACACUGCGACCAGUGUCUGCCCGGACACUUUGGUGAUCCUUUGGCCCUGCCCCACGGACGCUGCGAUCGCUGCAGCUGCUACGAGGCUGGUACGGAGCAGGACGAGCAGAGCAUCACGCGCUGCGACCAGGUGACUGGUCAGUGCCAAUGCAAACCCAAUGUGAUCGGCAGGGACUGCGGUGAGUGCCAGCCGGGAUACUUCAAUAUCCGGUCAGGAAACGGAUGCGAGAACUGCCUGUGCGAUCCGGUGGGCAGCUACAACGCCACCUGUGACCGCUACACCGGCCAGUGCCACUGCCGCCCCGGCGUGGUGGGCCAGCGGUGUGACCAGUGCGCCAACUACUUCUACGGCUUCUCCGCCGAGGGCUGCAAGCCAUGCGAGUGCGACGAGAGCGGCUCCAAGGGCUUCCAGUGCGACCAGAACGGUCAGUGUCCUUGCAAUGACAACGUCGAGGGACGCCGCUGCGAUCGGUGCAAGGAGAACAAGUACGAUCGCCACCGUGGUUGCAUCGACUGCCCCGAUUGCUACAACCUCGUCCAGGAUGCCGCCGAUUUGCAUCGCGCCAAGCUGGCCAAUCUUAGCCAAACCCUUGACGAGAUCGCUCGCACCCCAGUGACCAACGACGAGGAGUUCGAGGCCAAGCUAAAGGCCGUUCAGGAGAAGGUGGCCGUGCUGGCUCAGGACGCUAACGACAACUCCGGCGAAGGCGGCCAGACCUACGUAGAGGUAAUCGCCGAUCUGCACAAGAAGCUGAACAGCGUCCGGGAGCACCUGCAGAGUGCGGACAAGCUGCAGGAUGAGGCCAAUGACGAAAUCGACAAGGCGCGCCACAACUACACCAUCCUCAACCAGAUCACCGAGAACGCCAAGAAGGAGCUGCAGGAUGCCCUUGAUCUGCUCAACGACGAGGGAGCCCAGGCCCUGGCCCGUGCCAAGGAGAAGUCCGUGGAGUUUGGCCAGCAGUCGGAGCAGAUCUCGGACAUAUCGCGCGAGGCACGUGCCCUGGCCGACAAACUAGAGUCGGAGGCUCAGUUUGACCUGAAGAACGCCAAGGAUGCCAAGGAUGCGGUGGAGAAGGCCCAUCAGCUGGCCAAGAGUGCCAUCGAUCUGCAGCAGAAGAUUGCCGUAGAGCUGCGCUCCGAAGUCGGCCUGGAGCUGAGCCAGGUGAAGCAGCAGGUGGGCAUUGUGGCCCAGACCUCCAAGGAGGCACUGCGCAAGGCCAACGAGGUGUACGACAACGCCCUGACCCUGCUGAACGACGUAAACCGCCAGACGCAGCCGGACAUCGACAUCAACCAGCUGAAGAAGGAGGCUGCGCAGGCCAACGAGCGGGCGGACGAGCUGCUCAAGCAGAUCAACGAGCUCUCCAACAACAAUGGUGAGAUCUUUGCCGAUUUCGAAACCGAGCGCGAGCUAACGGAAACGCUGCUCAAGAGAGCCGACCAGCAACAGCGGGAGGACAUUGAGCUGCUGGAGCGGGCCAAGGCCGCCCAUGACAAGGCCACCAAGGCGGUGGAGCAGGGUGACAAUACCCUCAAGGAGGCCAACAAUACCUACAACAAGCUGGCAGGCUUCCAGUCGGAGGUUCAGCGGUCCUCGGAAACUGCCGCCCAGGCCCUGCAGACCGUGCCCAACAUCGAGAAGGAGAUCCAGAAUGCGGAGAGUCUGAUUGGACAGGCGGAGGAUGCUCUGGCUGGAGCCAAUAAGAAUGCCAACGAGGCCAAGAAGAAUGCCCAGGAGGCGCAAAUGAAGUACGCCGAGCAGGCGUCCAAGGAUGCCGAGCUUAUACGCCGCAGAGCCAAUGAGACCAAGGUGGCGGCCAGAAACCUGCGCGAUGAGGCCGAUCAACUCAACCACCGGGUGAAGCUCACCGAAAUGGACAUCUUCAAGCUGGAGGAGAGCUCCACCAAGGACGACAAUCUGGUGGACGAUGCCAAGCGAAAGGUGGGUAGGGCCCGAGCCGACACAGAAGAUGCACAGAAGCAGAUUGAGAAGGCUAACACCGAGCUGGCGGCCAUCAAGGAUGAGCUGGAGAAUCUGAAGGACAUCAACACAGAUGAUUUGGAUAAAUUGGAGAACCGCCUGGCCACAGUUGAGGAUGAGAUCAAUCGCGUCAAUCUGACGGGUCGCAUCGAAAAGUACAGGGAUCAGCGCACGAUCCAGAAGAAUCUGAUCGACAAGUACGAUGCCGAGCUGAAGGAGCUCUCCAACGAGGUGAACAAUAUUGGUAUCAUUUCCAAGUCCCUGCCGGACAAGUGCUUCAGUCGCAAUCGCCUGGAACCGUAGGGAUCCGGAAGUGGAAGCGCAAGCGAAAGCGGAACCAAUAACAACUACUUCAAUUAACACUAAGUACGAGAACGAGAACGAGACGAACAAAUCAGAUUUAUGAUAGCACGUAGCCGUUGAAUGAAAUUAUGUAAUUUUAGUGCCUUAGCCGAAAUAUUCUGUUUAGUGACAAGACA